GGAAGAGCUGGAUGAAGUGGCUGGGGAGAGGGAAGUCUGGGCGUCAGUUCAUCUACAAAGAGAUCGAUCCUGCCGCACUUGCUUUGUGCAGUGCGCGAGAAGAGAGGGUGUUGUUACUCGUCGAAGGUGGAAUUAUGGCCGCCGCGCCGCCGCCGUCGUCGCUCCAGCUGCGAGCGACAGAUGUGAUCCGGAAAGAGCACCUGGACGACGGGGCUUUCGGAGAGGUGUACCUGUGCUAUCACGUCCACCUCGGGCCUGUGGUGAUGAAGACCAUGUAUACGGGCCCCCUUCGCAAUGAGUAAGUUUGUUUUCAGGGUGUCUUCGGGCUCGCGUGUCUCCACUGGAGAUUCGCAGCCUGCACUCUGGAAUUUGGGUCACGUAGCAAGCGGUCUCUGCUGGAGGAGGGUAGCAUUAUGGCGAGCCUGAACCACGAGCGGGUGGUCAGGUUGCUGGGCGUCAUCAUGGAGGAUCGAGGCUGCUCUUUGGUCAUGGAGUUGAUGCCCAGGGGCAACCUGCUGGCAAUGCUGGAGAAGGUCACUGUGCCUGUAUCAAUCAAGGGGAGAAUUAUCUUGGAGAUCUUGGAAGGGAUGGUCUACCUCACCGAGAGGAAAGUCAUACACAAGGACAUCAAACCAGAGAACAUUCUGAUUGACAAAGAUUUUCACAUCAAGAUCGCCGACCUCGGCCUUGCCACCUGCAAGACGUGGAGUAAACUCACCAAGGAGGAGUCGCUCAAGAAGAGUCACAUGGGCCUGUCGGCCAGGAUGAGGGCGGCGGGCACUCUGAGCUACAUGGCGCCCGAGCACCUGCAGAGCGUCAACGCCGUCUCCACAGAGAAGUCCGACGUCUACAGCUUCGCCAUCGUGGUCUGGGUCAUCGUCACCGGCAAAGAGCCCUACGCAAAUGCCAGGAACGAAGAUCAAAUCAGCCAGUGCGUCCGCAACGGCAACCGGCCAGCGAUGGACCUGAUCCCCGACGACACGCCGCUACAGAUCACUCGGCUCAUGGCGAUGUGCUGGGCUCACAACCCACUGCAAAGACCAACAUUUCGAGAGGCCUACGACAUAUUCGGUCCCUUCUACGAGACGACGCUCACGCCGCACGUGGAAAAGGAUUUAGUUCAUCUCCGAACUCUGUACGAAGGCCCCGAUCAGCUUGUUGACAAGAUGAAGUCCUUAUCGAUGACUGAUGAAUGCAUUUCAACCGAUUGUCCAGCGAAUCUGGAGAGCACAGACAAAAGUGUCAAUGGGCCGGUUGAAGCCAGUAUCGAAGACUUCCGUGCCACGCCGCGUGGGACCGAUGUCGACUCGGUGGCGGCAAUCGGUGAGCCGGACGCAGAAGUCCCGUUGGAGGAGAAGCUGCGACCGGAGUUGGACUACCACAAACACGGCAGCUACAACUGCGACGGUCAGUCUGACCCCGUCGAUCGCCGGCGUCAGAAAAAGUCCCAAAAUAGCCUGCCUAGUCUUCCAAAUAGUACCCCGGCCCAGCCGUGGCACGACACACCUUUCUUGUCCUCCGUCCAUUCCUGGACAAAAGCGGAACCUGUGCAGCCCAGCAGCCAGGAAGACGGUCGGUAUCAUCCUGCCGCUCGCCUCCACGAGUCGCCGACCGCUUCCACGCCGAAGCCAUCCUUCUUGCAAACCUCUACCGGCAUCAAUUCCCUGCUAACUUUCAAUCAGCAACAUCCGGAUUCCCACUAUUCCCGCCAGCAGUCCUGGCCGACUUCCUCAGUGUCUGAAAGUUCCGGGUAUCUGUGCAAUUUAAAGAAGGGCGGGGCGGCUCAGGAUUCCGGCUCUCUCUACAUCAGCAAUGCCAGGGGGAUCCAGAUUGGUAACAACAACAACCUCAGUAUUCACAACUACGACUCCACUCAAAGUUGUUCAUCUCUCCCGGGUAACAUAUGGACCGGCUCUCAGCUCAGAGAAGGAAUUCAGAAAUAUGAGGACCGUGCUGUGACCGAAGAGCACCUCGAUGUACUGAGGAAAAACAUCGGCGCCAAAUGGAAGUGUUAUGCACGGCGUCUGGGUCUGAGCGACGUGGAACUAGAGACCAUUGAGCACGACUUCUUCCUCGACGGGCUGCCAGAGAUGGUGCACCAGAUGCUGCAACACUGGAAAAUGAAGGAAGGGAGUCUUGGCUGUACAAUUGGGAAGCUUUGCUGCGCUCUCGAAGGCAUCAUAGACGUCGACGUGAUUCAGAAAAUAUUGAACAUCUGCGCUUCUACUUCCUGUAUCUGAUGAACUGCUCCCCGAGAUUUGCCAAAGUCUCUCAUUAUUCCGAUAUUUCCAAUCAGUUUCAAUCAUAACCUUGCAUUACCCUUGUUUUCGGUUUCUCAUACUUUAAACAUCAAUGCGGUUGGUGUGGAGCCAUGCAGAAAGUCGCUAGGGAUUGUGUUUGGGUGCCAAAUCAUUCCAAAUGUACGUUUGUGCUUGUGAGGAGAACGUGCACGUCUGAACUGAAGUUUCUUAUGCGAAGUGGGGUAGGGGUCCCUAUUUUGUAGGCUCCUCGGGCCUGCUUCCACCUCUUUCGGGGGGCGGGAGGGGCUUCCCUUCUGGCCUUUGGGUCUGCUACGGGCGCUAGCGCCUCCCGCGCUCUGGGACGGGUACCGGGCAUCGGUCAACCCUCUCUUGGUGGUCGUCCCACUUGAUGGAUCCCGAGCCUCUUAAAUCGCUCACACCAUUCAUUGGAACUCCUUUUUCACUCGUCGCUUCUGGGCACACAUACUCAGGGGGGAGGCGGGUUUUUUGCUAAUCUCACGGUGAGGCUCCUGGGGCCGGAGCCCUCUGGCUGCAUGGCUUUGGGAGGUGGAGGCCCCCCGCGCCUUAUUGGAUGCCCCUACCCGUCCACCUGGCGCGGGUCGCCGGUUCGCCCUCUGCCUGGGAGGCCGACUACUGAGGUCGGCUCUGCCGGCUGGCGCGGUGGGGCUCGUGAACUCAUUUGCUUGGUGUGGGACCCUUCCCUAAUUGCUAUACACAACUCUUCUAACCUUGCAAAAUUCUUGAUGUCCCCUCACUUUGAACUCCGCUUCUACAGAUGAUUAGAAUUCUCACAGCACACUAGUUGCACUGCCAGGUCCAAUGUGACAUCGUCGUGUUCAUAGAACCCUUUUUUGUUCUCUCAACAUUUUUGUCUGGUUGUCUUUUCUGUCACUCCCCUUCAAAACCUCAUUUUGUCCAAGUGAAAACUUUCAAUAAAUCGCCAUCAGAAUACAAAGAACCAAAGUGGCAGUAUCCAAAAAAAAAAAAAAAAACUCCAGUGUUGCACAGAAAAACUGUUCCGGCAUGAAAACAAUACAGAUUCUGCAUGGCCUGGCAGCGGAACAGGACAGGUUAAAAAAAAAAAAAGGGAAACCGGUUUGUGGCGUGGGAUUGGAUUUUGUUCUCGUCAUUCCAGUUUCUCAAUAAACGAAUCGAUUUGCCCGCA